UGAUGAUAAUAUCAAUGAAUAAUUUAAGUUUCAGCUUCUAUUUUGUCAAGCGUUCUGUGACACGUUCGUUUGCCAUUGGCUACCUGUUAUCUUGUAACGUAGAAGCGAGAGAGAGAAAGGGCUAGAGAAGGGAGAGAGGCGUUAAUAUUGGGGAGCUAUUUGGUGUGUUGUGGGAAACUAUUGUGACAAACAAAAUAUGGAGAUAUCCACAGGGAUAAAAGUGAAUUUAGGGAUAUAUCAUAAAUUAUUUAGAGGCAUUUUGCUGAUCCUGUUUCACAUAACCACGUCGUCUGGAGUCGGCUUCCGUUACGAGUACCACAAAGGGGAGCACAUAGCCAACUGGACCGAAGCCCGGAGGAUAUGUUCAGAAAACGCCGGCAAACUGGCCGGGGAUAUCGACAUCGAUGACUGGGAGCUCAUGUAUGGCAAGAGCAAUGUAUUUCUGGACGACACGUACUACUGGAUCGGGCUUCAGAGACAACCUAAUAAGCAGUGGAUGUGGCUUAAUGGCAGCCCUCUGGAUUUAAAUGCAACGACGUCAUUUCCGCUGCGACCGGAAUAUGAAAACAAUAUCACGUGGGACUGUGUUUUGUGGGACGUCAAGCAGCCCUUUUUUGUGCCUCAGGAUUGCAGCACACCUUCGCCUUUCAUCUGCAAGUUGACUCAAGCUUUCAACUGUGACUAUAACAACAAAGGCAACAAGGUUCUGAAUGAAACGGGUAUCGUGACCUACACUGAUACGAACCAUGUGUUGCAAGCCAAGACCAACAGUAACCUCGCAAACAUCGCCUAUGUUGCGUACAGCAACAUCAUUGCUGACCAAUGCAAACAGAAGUGCGACAACUUCGACGCGGCAGCAACAGGGCGAGAGUGCUGGAUGUACGAGUACCACGUGACCCUAACCGUCACGCUGUGUCGUCUGGUGAUAUCGGAUUGGAAACCGGUUCUCGUUAACCUCCAGGAUAGCUCGAACGCCAUCCUCUACGCCAAGUAUUGCGUUGAAGUUGAAAAGUUCACCAACUGUCCGAUGGGAGAGGAGUGCAUGUGCGGAAACGUGACAUCGCCACCUACCGUGCAGCAGCUGAUGGCGAUAGUGGAAGAGACGAAGAAGCAACUGACCGUGGUCAAGACCAACCUCUCGGCCACUGUCCGGAGGAAGACCAGCGCGCCGGACCCCCGCCCCACGUCGAUGACCAUGGGUUACUUCGGAGUGUCGAUGAUGACCAUCACGUUCGGUGGCCUCGUUCUCUUGGACUGCUCCUCGCUCAUAUCGGACUUCAAGAUGAUGUUUUACAACGUCCAGUGCAAAGGCGGGGACUGAGCAUGUGAUUAAAGCAUGGUUCGACAAAUCUAGUUAGCCCCCAGUCCUUGCCAGUGAAUUUUUGGUCUGGGCUAGUUGAAAUUAUCUGCUGUUUUACUGUAUUACACAGGGCACUAGUCAAAAGCUUCUGCAUGCACUGGCGUGCCCGGGGGGGGGGGGGGGGGAAUCCCCCCAGUCACAUUUCUUUUUUCCCCCACCAUGUCAUAUAUUUUCCUGUCGCAACACAACAUGCUUAUAACUCAUACUCAGUGUCGUUGCCAACCCUCAAAAUCUGGGUGCCCCCUCAAAUAUAAAAUCCUCGCUACGCCAGUGUCUGCGAGGGCUAGUGACUUUCGCAAACAUUUGUCGAACACUGUAGGAUGAAUAUUUUAAGUGUGUUGGUGGCGGGGGGUGGGGGUGGGGGAGGACUAAUGGACAAUUCCACAAUAUCUGUAUGCACAUUUUCAGGCAACUUUGAAUUGCAAAUACUUGUAUUUUUUGGUUACAUUUGUAUCCAAUGAAUGAAUGGAUGAAUGUUUAACGACACCCCAGCACGAAAAAUACAUCGGCUAUUGGGUGUCAAACUAUGGUAAUGCAAAUAAAUAAAGUGAUG